AUGAAGUCAUACAAUCUGUUGAAAGUCUUGCUGGUUGCGGCAUCAGUGGCCGUUGAUGUCAAGGCAGUCAAUAAACCGGCUGUUAGUUCCUCCAGAAUUGGUCGAGCGAGUGCUGGAAACACCCGAAAGUUCAUUGUUGAAGUCGAGCCGAAUCAAGGCACGACCGCAGUGACACGUCAACUUCUCAUGAAACCCGAUCGAAAAAGGCCUUUGUUCCAGAGCUUUGAUUGCAGUGAUGUUUUCAGUGGGAUGGUGGUUGAAACUGACACAGAUAAUAUGGAUACAUUGCUCCAGAUGGAAGGGGUUGUGAACGUGUGGCAGGCCCACAAAGUGGCCAUGCCAAAAGUCGAGUUCUCAGAGAGCGGCCCAUCUUCAUCUAUAAGGAACUAUUCUAUUCAUCACUGGACGGGCGUUGACAAACUCCAUGCUGCCGGUAUUCGUGGAAAGGGUUCAACUGUCGCUAUAAUUGACACCGGCAUUGACUAUACUCAUAAAGCGCUCGGAGGCUGUUUUGGACCUGGAUGCAAAGUCAAAGGGGGUUAUGAUCUUGUUGGAGCAGACUGGGAGACUCACAAUGAGAGAAUGCACCCCAAGCAACCCGAUAAUGAUCCCAUGGACUACCAAGGUCAUGGAACUCACGUCGCAGGUAUCAUUGCUGCUAAGAAUGAAUGGCUUACUGGAGUUGCGCCCGAGGCCGAACUUCUCAUAUACAAGGUAUUCUCUGAUGAUCCUUGGGAGACCGACGAAGAGACCAUUAUGCAAGCACUGUGUGAUGCUUAUAAUGCGGGAGCUGAUGUUAUCACCUCGAGCAUUGGCCAACCCAAUGGCUGGUCAGAUAACCCCUGGGCUAUGUUAGCCAGCCGACUGGUAGACAAGGGCGUCGUCGUGAUAGCAUCAGCUGGUAACGAAGGAGAGUUUGGACCGUUCUACUCCAGUAGCGGAGCUGUCGGCAGAGGAGUUCUAGCUGUCGCCGCUGCUAAUGUUACUACGAAGCCAAAUGCUAGCAGAACUGGCGAGGACCUUGGGCCACUUCCCGUCUACUUCACGACAUGGGGCCCGACCAACGAGUUGCUUCUUAAACCCGACAUUACCGCCCCUGGAUACAUGAUCAUGAGCACUGUACUGAACCAGAGCUACGAGGAGCUGAGUGGGACAUCCAUGUCGGCCCCCUACAUUGCAGGCAUUGCGGCUUUGUUCGUGGGUCAGUACGGUGGUCGUGCUUUCAAUGGUGCAGGCUUUGCCAAAAUGCUCAGAGAUCGCAUCGCAUCAAGUGGAACGACCCUACCGUUUGUCAAUAAUCGUCUAAUGCGCAAGUACAGAGCAUCGCCUUUCCAGGUCGGUACUGGACUGGUUGACGCCUGGAAAGUUCUCAACUAUGACACUCAACUCGAGUAUGAGCCUUUUUCUUUGAUGGACACAGAGCUGUUCCGGCCACGAUGGAGUUUCAACAUCACCAAUACCGGCGGCAGAGCACACGAAUACUCUUUCAAACUUGAGCCUCAAGCUGGUUUCAACAUUUACGAUCCCGAAUAUGGAGUGGCUCUACUCUAUGCUAUUGAGCCCAAAAACAUUGUCCCCCCUGUGAGGCUCCCACACAGGGUCCUUAUUGAACCCGGAGAGACAAGAGAACUGAGUGUUACUUUUGGGCUUCCUGACGUUGACGAUGAUUACCUGCCGCUAUACAGUGGCAAGGUAUUGAUCAAUUCCGAUCAUGGGGAGAAAUUGGCUAUCCCAUACGGAGAGGCCUUGGCAGGAGCUGCAUAUGACACCGAGAAAGCAUUUGACAAUAUGUUCAUUGUUGAUCCAUUUGUCACGGAUCCUGAUAAAGAUUCAGCAUGGUCUUUUAAUAUCGAUAGAGAUGCGAGUGACUUUAUUGAAAUUGGCGGUAGGACAUCAUACGCCUGCGACAAUCUUAGGUGGGACAUCUUCGAACAAGGUUGGUCAGAAUCUUUAUGGACUUAUCCUCCACGGGUCGGAAGACAUGGGUUUAUUGGUUCAGCAACAACAAUGCGAGAUGCGGAGGAAUUCUGGUUCUUCGACCCUACUGUCAAUGAUCCGAAUGACACAUUGCCAUUCCCGCUUAAACGACAAUCACGAGGAUUUCACGUCUUUUGGUGGUUCGGCAAGCUCGCCAACGGUUCAAGAAUAGCCCCCGGAAACUACACAAUGCGUUUUGCAGCUCUUCGGCCUUACGGCAAUCCAAGCAUCUCCGAUCACUGGGAUGUCAUGAACAGCCCUACGGCCAGCAGUAUCCAGGUGCUGCCGUACAACGGUACACGCAACUCGACAUUGAAGUACAGAGCACCCAAGUACCAGGCCCCGAGCCUUGGAAAGGGGAUCCUAAAAAAUUAA